AUGCCACAACCUUCUACAAAUUGGAGUGCAGUAGUUGGUAAUAGGUUGAUAUUCGAACAUCAACAACUGCAUAGUGAGGCACAACAGGCAGAUGCAGAAAUUAUUAUUGAUCGCCUCAACAAUGAUCAACGAACAGCUUAUGAUGCAAUCACUUCCUUAGUCUUUGAAAAUAAAGGAACUAUUUUCUUUUUGAAUGGAGGUACCGGAACAGGGAAAACGUUUUUGUACAAUGCGAUUGCAUUAAAGUGUCGCAGCCUUGGCCAUAUUGUUAUUACUGUAGCUUCAUCUAGAAUUGCAUCAUUGUUAUUGGUAGGAGGUCAUACUGCUCAUUCAACAUUUUCCAUUCCGCUGGAUGUAUUGGAAAAUUCAAUUUGUGGAUUUAGCAAGCAAUCAUUACAAGCAGAAUUGUUUAGAGAAACAAAACUUAUAAUCUGGGAUGAAGUUCCUAUGCAGCAUAGACAUUGUGUUGAGGCAGUUGAUCGUACACUUCGGGACACUUGUGAUAGUGAAAAGCCAUAUGGGGGUAUCACUGUUGUUCUUGGUGGAGAUUUUCGACAAAUCUUACCAGUUAUAACCAAAGGAGUCCGUGAGCAAAUUGUGAAUGCAUUAUUAAGAUACUCUUUUCUAUGGAAAGAUACACAUGUUCUGUCUUUAAAUUUGAACAUGCGCUUGAAUCAUGCAAAUCUUGGAAAUGCUAAUUUUGCAAAAUUCUUGAUGGAGAUUGGGACAAAUCCUCAGGAAAUUGUUAAACUUCUAUCAACAAUACACAAAUGCCAAGAUCUAAAAGACUUAAUCUCAGUAGUUUAUCCGCAACUGGAUGUGGCAAUGACAUCGACUGCAACAUUUUUAACUGAACGUACAAUUCUUUCUGCACGGAAUGAUGAUGUCAGUGCUAUCAAUACUGCAGCAUUGAAUAUUUUUCCCGACAACAUACAUACUUAUUUGGCAGCAGACAAGAUGUCUGAAGAUGAUGAAAUUGAUCAUCCUCCUGGUUUACCGGCUUUUAAGGUAGAGUUGAAAGUGGGUUGUCCUAUAAUGUUGUUAAGAAAUAUUGCACCAAAAGAUGGACUGUGCAAUGGCACAAGAUUGAUAGUUUCUAGAUGCAAUACUCGCAUAAUUGAAGCUCAAAUUUUAACUGGAGAAAAAUGUGGCAAUUUGGUAUUCAUACCAAGGAUAUCCUUGACACCGUCUUCUUCAGAAAUGCCUUUCCGAAUGACAAGACGUCAAUUUCCAGUUCGAUUGGCAUAUGCCCUGACCAUUAAUAAAUCUCAAGGGCAAUCUGUGAAUUUUGUUGGAGUUGAUUUGCGCACACCAGUGUUUAGUCAUGGGCAAUUGUACGUGGCCCUAUCUAGAUGCACAUCAUUUGAUCGUAUAAGUGUCCUCCUUCCCAAUGAUGAGCCAGAUUAUACUACAAACAUUGUUUAUCCUGAACUUUUGUUAUAG